UAAUAUUUGUGGCACCCGGUGUCUAUGUAAUAUUGUUCUGUGGUGAAAUUCUUAUUUCUCGUCGAAUGUCGAAAUAAUUAUAAUUAAAAUAAUUAAUUCAACAGCGCUAAAAAAUUGUAUAAUUAAAGAAUAUACAGUGUCUACGUACCUGAGAACCUUACAAUAUUUAGCGAACAAUGUCGUCGCCUGUAAUUAAAUAUGUUGGUAGAACUACAAAUUUUAAGGGUAAAACGUUAUGGGAAAUUGUUGGAAGUCUUAAGAAUUAUGGAGUGGGAAGGCUGAUAGUUCGUUCUGUAUUCGAACGUUAUCCUGAAGCAAGUUUUAUGAAGAUUACGAAAGUUCAAACAUGCCCUCAUGAAGAACGACGAAGAGUUCGCGUUUGGGUAGAAAAAACCUUCCGAGGCAGAACCCUGCCAAAGCUAACAGAAAUAUACCGUACAUCAUACAAGCCUGAUUACAAGCUAAUUCCCAAGGACGAAGAAGCACUCUUGUUGCAAUCUACCGAUCAUAAAAGGACAAUAGACAUUCUGCCAAAUACUGUUGAAAUGCCACCCCUUAUGAAAAAGUUCAUUGUGAAAGAUCAUGAGAAAAAAGGAUUAGAGGUUGUGAAAGACUUUGUUCUACCUUUAUCAUAUAAACAUAGCCCCAAUAGGGUACAAAGAAUUGCAAAAGGUAAUGAGAAACCCACAGUUCAAUUUACUAUGGGUCUUGGAAAACCUGUGAGUCCUUCUCUAUAUGAGGGAGUGUCACUUGAGAAAACCUUAUGAAAUAGACUGCAGAUACUUUUAGCAGUUUAGAAAUAUCAAUGGUCCCUUCAAAUAAUAAAGAACUAUUAAUAUAAACACUUAGCUAUAGA